AGAGAACAAAAAGCUUUAUUAUCGAAGCCUGCUGUGAUUAAUUUAUUGAACUAUGAUCUUAACAGGGGAGAUUUAAUGUCUCGCAAAGGUCUUGGGGAGCGAAAUACACACCCUUGGUGCUGGAAGUGACCGCCAGGCUGUGUUGGUGAGGCCCCACAAGCUGCUCCACGCCCACUAGCAGAGACAGAGAGCAUCCUGGGAAGCUGGCUGGCGAAUCCCGCACCAAUGAACAUGGGUCAGAAAGUGUCCGGUGGGAUAAAGACCAUAGCCCGUGAGCCGACCUACAAGGCUCUUAACAGGGACCAUGCUUACAAUCCAGAUUUUCAGAAACCUAGUCGACUGGACGUGUUGCUCGACAUGCCCGCUGUUACCAAAGAGACCCAGGUCUCCCACGGCUGGAAUCCCGAAGACAGGUCGUUAAACGUCUUCGUAAAGGACAAUGAUAAAAUGACAUUUCACCGCCACCCAGUGGCACAAAGCACAGACUGUAUCCGCGGCAAAGUUGGAUAUACCCGGGGUCUCCAUGUUUGGGAGAUUGUGUGGAGCACGCGGCAGCGCGGGACCCAUGCUGUGGUCGGGGUGGCCACGGGCGACGCCCCCCUGCACUGUGUUGGGUAUCAGUCAUUAGUAGGCAGCAAUAGUGAGUCGUGGGGCUGGGACUUAGGCCGGAACAAAUUGUACCAUGAUGUUAAAAACAAUCCAGGGUCAACAUAUCCUCGUAUUCUCAACCCCGAUGAAAACUUUGUGGUUCCAGACAGUUUUUUGGUGGUGUUAGACAUGGAUGAAGGGACAAUGAGCUUCGUGGUGGACGGGCAGUAUUUAGGAGUAGCAUUUCGUGGCCUGAAGGGCAAGAAACUUUACCCCAUAGUGAGUGCUGUGUGGGGCCACUGUGAAAUCACUAUGCGAUACAUUGGGGGGUUAGAUCCGGAGCCUUUACCAUUGAUGGACAUCUGUCGCCGUGUGAUCCGACACCAGUUAGGCAAAGACAGACUUCAGGAAAUCACUAAACUACCUUUACCUUUGACAAUCAAGAGCUACCUGCUCUACCAGUCCUGACCUAGGGGUGUGCCUCUCUAAGGUCAGACAUUGACUGUGCCCCUGUGCUGCCGCCCAGGGGUGCUCCUCGUGUUGGUACGUCCAGGGAUCACUCCCCUUGACUGCUGUUAAAUUAUUACACUUCGAAGACAAUUCCUUACUUCUCAUUGAUGGACAUUCAUGGUGUCUUUUGUUUCCCCGAUCUUCUUGAUGUGUAGGAGUACAGUGUAAAUCUUGGCGCCAGUCAAAGCAACUGAUGUCAUUGUCAUCACUUACAUCGGAUUUAUGUUACAGUGCUUGAGGUUUCUGCUCUGUUUCUCUCCCAGAGCAAGUGUGUGCUUCUUCGACCAACGCUCUUCUUGUUCACCACGCCCUACCUGGUUUGUCACACCUUCAUACGUGGUUUGUCACACCUGUAUACCUGGUUUGGCACACCUUUAUACCUGGUAUAUCACACCUUACCAGCUUAACCAGUCCUGGAAUGCUUUCUGGUGGACGUUCCUAUUCAGUGUUGUUCACGGUUCUUCUACAUUAAUAUUUCAGAACUUUGGACUGAAGUUUGGAAUGCAACAAGUAGGCCUCUAUUUAUUUGGUCAGAAGAUGUGCCUUUUGCAAACCUUGUGUGCUGCCAAACACUCUUGGUCUUCAGUUAUCAGUGUGUCACCAAAUCAACCAAGAUAAAGCUGAGGCAUACUUUAUUGGCAAGUGGUCUGAUUUCUUGAACUCAACCUGUGCAAAAGAUUAUAAGAUUAUUUUAGCCAGAGAUGCUGCUGUAAUAAAGAACUACAUAUAUAUGUGUAUAUCCGCUUUGAAGGUAGUGAAUUGUAAUGUAAGAAAUAUUUCUUUUUCUACAUUUUUUCAUUGGUGUGCUAGGUAUUGGGUAUGUGUGUGGGUUAGAUGAAGAAUGUAAUAAACUUAGGCCUCAGUGCCCUAGGGACUUGACAGUUUAUUAAAGAAUCUAUUAGACAACUUGCACUGUUAAACCUUUGCCACGUAUGACUGCUUUCAGUGAAAACUACCACACAUCCUAAAAUAUUUCACUUUUGAGUCAUGAUGUUACAACAUUGAGAUGACGUUUUUUGGUGUAAGGUCAUCGUUUUACGGCAAAGUGGGGAAAAACAGACACAAUUGACCAUAUGCAGGUACAUAUACAAUCAUCAAUAUUAUCCAUAUAAAUUGAUGUCUUCUAUUUCCAGAAUUAUUUACUUUGUAACACAAGUGAGGAAAUAAGUCAUCUUUUGUGGAUAAUUUUCAUUCUUGUAUUGCCCCACUAUGCACCUAAUCCAAAGGGAUGUCACUAUGAUGUUUUAAUGUCAGUUCUCAAAACCCCCCUAUAUUGAGAGACAGGUGUACCAUGUGCAAUGUUGGAAGAAGGAUGGAAUACAGUACAAACUUCAACCAGUCCAAACUUUAAUAGGAGACAGGCUGUGUGAAAUUACAUGCUGGCUGCAGUUGGCAGGGCUGGUGUGUGUGUGCUUUAUCCAUGUAACAUGGCUUGUAGUAUAUUAUGUUAUUUAUUGUGGGAUUGGUGAUUGAGCCUCAAGGGGGAUAUCAGUUUCCGGGUACCAAGAAGUACAUGUAAAAAUAAUUAUCAUUGAUCACUGCUGUCUUGGCCUGACUCCUGUUAUAUUUAAGGUAAUAGUUGAUGAAGUAAGAUUUUUUAUCAUCUUGACACUAGAUUUUAAGCAAAACAUUUCAAGUGCUUCAGGAAAGGUUUCUCCAGUUGACAGAUGGAAAACUUAAGUUGUCUCCCCGUGAACAGACCUAACUUUGGUGAUUUAUCUCCCUUGUAUUUUAGAGUUCAUGUAUAAAAGUACAUCUACUCAAAAUUUGGUUCUCUUAACUUUUCUUUUUAGCUUAACACAAAUUAAUUUUUUAAAACUGACGUGCACUUUUUUUGAUUACAUGUCACUGAAAGCUCUGUUUUAUUUGUCGUGGAAUUUCAACAACUGCUUUUAAUCAGACCACUGUUUUUCUUAAGUGGUAAAUAUUUAAAGGGUUUUAACGUGCAAUAGUGUGUGUAUGUUGUUUUAUGAUUAUUCUUAGCCAACAAUCAAAUUUUGUUUUUUUUUGUUAAAGCUAGCUUUUUACGAAUAUCAAAAUUUAGUGUACCCAUAGAUUUAGUGAACAAUGAAGGCGUUCAAUCUGCAUGGUAGUCUCUGCCUUGUCAAAAUCACUGAUAAUGAAGACACAUCAUUCUGUCAGCAAGAAUUAUUUUACCAAGGAUAUUCCACAAAGUUGUCAAACCUUACCAUUGAAGUUACAGACAUCUGGCAAACAUGAACCAUUCCUGAUUCAACUUUAUUUUCCAUGACUCUCUAAGAGAUCAUUAGUAUUGAUGUUAAGAGAGCUAUCCCACCUGUGUAGACUGGCCCUGUCUAGAUGUUCCUAUGUUCUCUUUCUGCCAAAACAAGUGUAAUAUCAACUAUUUGUCCACAUGUAUAUCUCUGGUUCUGAACUUGGCUACUCGCUGUACAUCUGCCUGCAGGAACUUUCUCUCAAUUCCGGGCACAGAAUACAUUAGAUGUAAAUACACAGCAGCUGAAAGAAUGUUUCAAAAACAAUUUUUCAUUAUUUGGAAGGUUGAUUUUUGUUUUUUCACCAUGAUGUCAUGCUUUUAUGAAAAUAUUGGUGUUAAUGCCAACUUCUUUACAGCACCUGACACACACAUGUUCCUGACAGGUUGACCACUUCAUUCUGUACCACACAUAAUACUGGUGCAUAAAGUGUUUGUUUUGUACACAGUUAAGAUUUGAUGUGCAUCUAAUACGGAACAACCAUUUUCUUGUGAAGUUUUUGGUAUAGUGACAAAGUGUGAUCUAAUUUUACCAUGGUUUUAAUCCCAUUGAUAAAAAAACUGAUCUUAAACAUUUUGUAAAAUACUGUUUCAGCUGAAGUAUAUUUUAACUUUCUUGAUAUUGAGAGAUCAGUUUGAGAGAAUCAUAUAUACAAAAGCUGUAACUUGAAUCUACAUGUAUUACCAAUAUGUAGAUACAACUCCAAAAGUGUGUUGAAUGGUUUUUGUUGGUAUUUGUUUACAGAUCCUUUUAACUGUGCACAGUUGAAGCUUAUUUUAGUUUGGUUUUUAUUGUGAAAUUAACUGUACAUAUUGGUUUUACAAGCCCUAUUUAAAAACACGCCAAAAAGUAUUGUUUUAGCAUUACCAAUCUGCAUGUGUGGAUAGGAGUACAAGCGUGACAAAUGCUCUCUCUGAAGCUGUUAAGUUUUCUGUAAUUGAUAUCCACAAAUAUCCAUUUUGUCUCUUCUUGACACAGCUCAGUUCAGAUGAUCCUUUUCUUUUGUUUCUUAAAUAAAACUUUAAAAUAUAACUCGAUCAGUGCUACAUGUAAUUGUAUAUAUAUGAUGUGCCCUGCUUUAUCAUAUUUUCUCCGGAAUGGUUGAUAUGCAUUUUUCCUUUUCAGUAAUAUAGACUUGAAAUUUCCAGUCAAACAAACCCUUCACAGUCCUUGUGCAUGUAUAUAAAGGUCAGAUAUAUUUGCACAAGGAUCUAACAGAAUUGGCAGGAAACAGAGGCCACUUCCAGGCUGUACGUGAUGAGUUUCUUCUGUAAAUAUAUAACAGUAUGUGUCGGGGUUUCAUAAGGUUGUCUCUCUAUGAAUGUUUAUUAUUCUAGUGGUUUGUUUAAUAGAACUCUAAUCACAGGCCAGAAUAACCUGGUUUUGACACACCUCUCCCUUUGUAGUAUUUAUGACACCAGAAAUCCCACAAGUAAUGAAAAUGCUCACCAUGUGAUUGAUAUUCAUGGAGGCCUCCAAUUGGAUGUUUCCAGAUGUAAUUCUAAACAGAUAAAUGUGCGAGAGAGUAUGUUCUGUUUUCCUUGUAUUUUCUUUUAUGUGUAAAUCUGAAGAAAUUGGUUUUAAUUUAUUGGGCUUUUUUGUUUUAUAAAGAAGCCUUUGGCAUAAGGCAGUUACGUCUUUCAGUUUGAACUGUCAUUGGAGAUGGGUGCACCUAGGGACUUAGCCAAUCAGAACAUUGUAACAGCAUAUUCUCUCCCAGAGUUUGUUGUCCGCCAGUAAUUUUCUAGGUGUCGUAUGGAAUUAUUGGUGUAGAUUAGUUGGUUGUAAAAUAGUGACUUAUUGAAUGAGCCAUGUCUCCAUGUUGAUUCCAAGGAUAUUAUGACCAUGUACAUUUACUGAUUAUGCGAAACAAAGAUUUUAUUUGUACUUCCUUACCUGCAAAUGUUUGCUGAAUGUGUGAGGUGGUCUACCAGUCACUUCCAAUGUUUGUACUGCUUAUCCAUUUAUUUCAGGCAUAUGAUGUAAGAACCAUACUUAUUCCUCUGGAUCAGGUUGAUCAGUGAUAUAUAAGUGUGUUAGCCUGUGCAUUAACAUUAUGAACCUGUAUGUGAUCUGGCUGCAAAACUGCUGUUUGUAUAAGGAGUGGCUGAUUGGCUACAUCCCUAUGUCAUCUGUGUUCUGUUCAAUGAUUGGCUGCUUUUUAACAGACCUGUAAAUUAUGUGUAUUUAACUUACAAAUCACCGGUUACCCACUCAUUGAGCUCAUCCUCAUUAUGUCACCAUGGUAACCUGAAUAAAGCUACCAA